UACAACUGAAGGGAGGAGACCGUAUAGUCAGUUAACUGCGAAUAUAAUCACGUUUAGUUUAUUAAAAGCAUUGUUCGUCGUUUAUUGUAGACAAAUUUAAGCUAUAUAACUUACUUUAGUGAUGGCGGAGGAGGUUGCCUGCUCAAAGCCAGAGGGGGAGAUGAGAGAGGAAGCUGAAAACAGCGUGGAAAUAAUCAUCAAACUGACCAGUGAAGAUUCCGCCGUAAAUGAUCCAGAAUCAGAUCAUAGUGUCGAUCAACGGAUAGAUGGAAAUACAGAGUCUAACUGCACUGACAUCAGACUACUAAACCCCUCUCGGGUUUCUAAAGAGUUAUUUCAGACAGAAGAUGACGACGAUGAUGAUGAUGACAGCGGUACUCAUUAUCUAAACAUCGAUGAGGGAACUUGCACACAUUUAAGGCGAGCGGAGAGGCCAGGAAAUGGAGAACUGCCGGACACCUUCCAGACAGAUCACCUUCUGUACUACGAGAGAUUCAAAGCAUAUCAGGACUACAUGCUUGGUGACUGUAAAAUAUCUGAAGUGGAGGCCUUCACUGCCGAGUACCUUGAGAAGAUUGUGGAGCCUUGUGAUUGGCAGGCUAUAUGGCACACUGAUGUGUUUGAUGUGGUGGUAGAGGUUGUUGAUGUGGACUGUAAAGAGCUAAAGGCAAAGGUGGAGCUGGUAGUACCGAUGCAAUGUGAAACCAGAGGCUGUGAGCUUACUGAAGAGUCCAUGAAGGAUUUGCUAGAGGCCACACUUCAUAAAGUGCCUCUUCUUGAACUCUGUGUGGUCUACGAUGAGUCUGGUGAAUUUGAUCAGACUGCUUUGGCCCUGGAGCACCUCAGGUUUUUCUAUAAGCAUAUCUGGAGAAAGUGGGAUGAAGAGGAUGAGGAUGAUGACUUCGAUUACUUUGUUCGGUGUGUGGAGCCUCGUCUCAGGCUUUACUAUGAUAUUCUGGAGGACCGUGUUCCAGCCGGUCUUGUAGCCGAGUAUCAUUCUCUGCUGGGUUUAUGCUUGAAGAAGUUUCAGGAGUUUUCCAGCCUGCGAAGUGGCCUGAACAGUGACUCUGAAUCAGAACUAGACAACGUGUCCAUGGUGGAAGGGCUGCGCAUGUAUGAGCAGCUGGAAGCACUUAAGCGCAAACUACGUAUUAUUGAGAACCCGCUGCUCAGGUAUGUUCUGGGAUACAAGGUGAACUCUGGUCAGCAGUCAUGUAGGGCGAAGGGUCCGCGUCCUGCCGGAGGCCGUGUGGUCCACCUGGUAUCUGCCUCGGCCACAGUUCAUCAGCUCCAAAGCUUAAUCACUGACAAACUGAUGCCCUGCUACUCGAGUGAAGAGUUUGAAGUGCAGUUUCACAGUGACCCAGUGCUUGCGGUCAGUGCGUGCUAUGAAGGGGACGUGGUCAUUGUGUGCCCAGGCCUCUACAUCAUCACCAGCUCCAUCAGUAUCGUUGACUCUAUUGAGGUGGAAGGAUACGGGCUGCCAGAUGACGUGGUGAUCGAGAAGCGUAACAAGGGUGACGCUUUUGUGGAGUCAACAGGAGCGAAUGUCAAACUCUCAAAUCUGAAGUUUAUCCAGCGCGACGCCAUUGAAGGCAUCUUGUGUGUUCGUCAGGGCAAGCUAGAAAUGGAAAACUGUGUGAUGCAGUGCGAGACCACAGGUGUGAUCGUACGAUCAGCCUCCCAGCUGAGCAUGAACAUGUGUGACCUUUAUGGCUCGAAGGGAGCUGGUGUGGAGAUCUACCCUGGAAGCGUAUGCAGUUUGGUGGGCAACGGUAUCCAUCACUGCAAGGAGGGGAUCCUGAUUAAGGAUUUUGCAGACGAGCUGGACGUCAUGCCUAAAAUCACCAUGGUGAAUAAUGUGAUACACAACAAUCAGGGUUACGGUGUUAUCUUGGUCAAGCCAGGUGAUGCUACGGUGGAGGAUUCGCCCGCAGAGCCCAACGCUGCAGAUAACCCAGAGGGAGAAGAGAAAGAGUCGGAGGUAGCCAAGGUCGAGACGGAUGCAGAUAAUGAUGAUGGUGAUGAAAUGGCCAGUGUUGAGUUGGAGGAAGAAGGCCGAGCCGCCACACAUAGCCGCCCCAUCCCUCCUGACUUCACAGAGGGCAACGAUGCCAUCAAGCAAGAGCUGGUUGCCACGUCGGCCAAGAAGCAAAGCCUUCAUAAGAGUCGGAUGAAAGCACUUGGGGGCAUGCAGGCUGAUGAGAAUCUACUCUCACAGGAAAUGUUCAUUUCCAUUCAUGGAAAUCAGUUCAGGCACAAUGGCAAAGGAAGCUUUGGUACCUUCCUCUACUGAUAGCAUCCAUACGGCAAGCAUGCACAGAAACACUUUACAGUUCAGUUCUAUUUAUUCCUAAUUUUUUUAGGCUUUGCUGCAAGUUUAUUUUGUGAGAUUUCAUUAAACGCUGGUGAAAGAAAUGUGAAGUUCAAAUCAUGAUGAAAAAAUAUAGAUUUUUAAUAGCUUUUUAAGGAUUUUUACCAGAGCACCAUUUUGAAUCUGUAUUGAUCAGAUCCAGUUCUUUUUUAACACUAACAUGUAUACUUUACAAAUAUUUUUAGUUCAUACAACCACAUGUUUUUGAGCAAUGAUCUGGUGCAUACCUACCAGUCACGUUUAAUACAAAAACAUUCAGUACAGUAUAAUUUAGUCAGUGUUGUUUUUCUUGAGAGUUCUCACUGUUCCAUGUUUAGCUUGACACUUUUUAGUUUAAUGCUCACUGAAUAUCAAAGCAACAUUUUCUUAAUGUUGUGUACAAAUAAAUGUUUAUUG